AUGCAUUUCCAUAACCCUCCUAGUUUCUAUAAUAUCUUAGGAUUAUUCUGUUCUUCUGUUUUUGUUAGGUUCGGAGCAGGGGCCACUGGAUCUUUCACUGGACCCGUCAAUGCUCUCAUCCGCUCCGUAAUUCUCCAGGAGCGUAGCGGAAAAAAUACAUUCAAUCAUGAUGCCCUGAGUCUUAAGUACAAGUUGGACAAUGAGUUUGAGUUAAUAUUUGUGGUGGGUUUUCAAAAGAUUUUGACGCUGACAUAUGUGGACAAAUUUCUCGAUGAUGUUCAGCUUCAUUUUAGAGAUCGUUAUAAGAAUGCGCUGGAGCAAAAGGGUACAUUAAAACUACUGGACAACAACUUCAACUUUGAGGAAGAUUUCCAAAUGCUUCUGAAAGAUGCAGAGGAGAGCAGCAAAGCUCGAAGCCGUGUUCGUGGCAUGAGGACCUUUGAGGAGUCUGAUAAAUCUCAGAAAACUGUCAAGUCAAUGAUUGAGAUAAAAGGUGGAGACAAAAACAAAGACAGUGGUGGAAAGAAGAACAAAAAUACCAAAAAAGGGGCUUCUGCUGCAGAGCCAGCCAAAGUUGAUCCGGGAAAGCCAUGUAUUCCAAAGGCAACUGAAAACGGGAACCAGAACUUGACAGCGGAAGAAGUCAUUCAAAAGAAUCGUGAGCUGUUUAUCCGUAAACAACAAAAAGUGGUACCUUCUGAAAAACAAACCAAGUCUCCAAAACCUCAGAAACCAAAGGAAAAACAGAUGCGUGUUUGGAACCCGCACAGUGGAAGCAGCUGCAAAAACUUAGAUUAUAGUCAGAGAAAUGGAGAAAAUGCCAGUAAUGGCACUGACCAAUACCAGGAGGGCCAAAUUCAUGCACUGAGCUCCAUGAAGGGAGAGCUGCAAUCUGUAGGUUAUGAAUCCAGUGAAGAGGAACCGGCAGAAGAAGAAACAAUAAUUGUUCAUCAAAAAGUAACUCCCAGCUCAAGCAAGGGUCUGGGUGGCAUGUUUGGGAUGCUGAAGGGGCUGGUGGGCUCCAAGAGCCUCGGCCGAGAAGAUAUGGAGCCAGUGUUAGAAAAGAUGAGGGACCACCUCAUCGCUAAGAAUGUAGCUGCCGAAAUUUCCUCUCAGCUCUGUGAGUCUGUAGCUAAAAAACUGGAAGGCAAAGUCAUGGGGACAUUCACCACUGUGACCUCAACUGUAAAGCAGGCUCUCCAGGACUCUCUGGUGCAAAUCCUGCAGCCAAAACGAAGAGUUGACAUUUUGAGAGAUGUCAUGGAAGCUCAAAAGCAACAAAGACCCUUCGUCAUCACAUUUUGUGGUGUUAAUGGGGUUGGAAAAUCUACAAAUUUGGCCAAGAUCUCUUACUGGCUGAUAGAGAACGGGUUUACUGUCCUAAUCGCAGCCUGUGAUACCUUUCGUGCUGGAGCUGUAGAGCAGCUCCGCACUCAUCAGCGUCGCCUGAACUCCCUUCAUCCCCCAGAGCAGCACGGGGGAAAACCGGUCGUCCAGCUCUAUGAGAAGGGUUAUGGCAAAGAUGCUGCGGGCAUUGCCAUGGAAGCCAUUGCUUAUGCUCGUAACCAGGCCUUUGAUGUGGUGUUGGUGGACACUGCUGGGCGUAUGCAGGACAAUGCCCCUCUGAUGACAGCCCUGGCCAAACUCAUUGCUGUCAACAUGCCUGACCUUGUGCUCUUUGUUGGAGAGGCUCUUGUGGGCAAUGAGGCUGUGGAUCAGUUGGUAAAGUUCAACCAGGCUCUAGCGGAUCAUUCUAUGUCUGACAAACCACGUCUCAUUGAUGGCAUAGUCCUCACCAAGUUUGACACAAUUGAUGAUAAGGUGGGGGCGGCUAUCUCAAUGACAUACAUCACUGGGCAGCCCAUCGUGUUUGUUGGCACAGGGCAGACCUACAAUGACCUGCGCAGCCUCAAUGCCAGGGCAGUUGUCAGUGCUUUAAUGAAAGCUUAA